GAUUUCCACCUUCUUGGUUUGGAAGCCAAGAGAGAGAACGGUCACCCUGUCAGGGCAGGAGCUGCAUAGUCCUUCAGCUCUGGAUGAGGGGCAGAGGGAAGAAGGAAGACAGCAGAAGCAGGGGUGAAGCAGGGACAGAAGAGAAGCUAAGCUCUCCGUGGAGGGAUUCAGCCUGCAAUCAGCUAUGUGGAACAUCGCUUUCCUGUGGGGCAGCAUCCUUCUCCUGCCUAGCACAGCUGGAACACCUGCAACGCUAAAUUAUGCUGUGGCGAUACCAUCUCAGCUCUACUACCCCUUCUCAGAGACAGUGUGCCUUCAGCUCAGCAGAAAGCAAGCAGUCCCAAUCCAUGUGACAGUAACCUUGCAAAGUAGAGCUGGGAAUGAGACUCUGAUCACUCAGUCCAUCUCUCAGCUCACCUUCUUUCAUUGCACAAGCUUCCAGGUCCCUCCUCCUGCUGGAAAACCCAGUGAAGUGGCUUUUAUUGUUAUCACGGUCCUGGAACCCAACUCAGAGUUUCAGAAGAAACAGAAAGUCCUAAUCAAGCAUACAGACAAGAAGACUUUUAUCCAGACAGACAAGCCAGUGUACAAACCUGGACAGAUCGUCAAGUUGCGAAUCGUAACCUUGGAUCAGGCCUUUAUUGCCAGCAAUGAAACGCACGGCCUGGUGGAACUGAAGGACCCCAGAGGGAACCGAAUUGCACAGUGGCUGAACGUUACACCUGUGGGAGGCAUUGUGGAUCUGUCCUUCCCUCUGGCUGCAGAAGCACCAGUUGGAGAGUACGUCAUCAAAAUGCCUGACCGUACACAUGCCUUCAGGGUAGAGGAGUAUGUGAUGCCCAAGUUCAGUGUCUCCAUCCAGAUGCCUCAGGUGGUCACUAUCUUGGAGGAGAACUUCCGUCUCCACGUCUGUGGCAUGUACACCUAUGGGAAACCAGUCCAAGGUAGUGUGAAGGCUGUGGUGUGCCGUAAACAUCUCCACUAUAGUCGGAAGUCUUCCAAAGCCAAGCACAGUAUUUGUAAGGAUUACACUGGCGAGACAAACGAGGAUGGCUGCUUUGCCACUGAGGUGAAUAUUAAGAAUUACCACCAGAAGCGUGGUGACAGCUAUGAUUUCAACCUGGAAGCUGUGGCUUUUCUGAAAGAAAGUGGAACAGGGGUGGAGUUCAACACCACUGAAAACUGCAAGGUCACUUUUGAUAUCACAACUCUCCAGUUCUGGGGGACAAGCUACUACUAUCAGCAAGGAGCUCCCUACUAUGGCAAUCUGGAACUCAAAAGUGCCAAUGGGACACACCUGAAGAACAAGGAGGUGAUUCUUACAGUGUCCUAUGGCAGCAGGAAGCAGACCAAGAGCUACUUCACGGAUGAUGCUGGGAUGGCCUCUUUCACUUUAGAGACAUCAGCAUGGGACAACAGCAGCAAAGUUCUACUACAGGCAAAGACCCAGCCGGAGGACUUAAGAGGUCAAAAUGUGAGGGUGUCUUACGGCACUGCAUCCCUCGUACUGAGGGCCUUCUACUCUUCCAGCCACAGCUCUGUGAGGAUCCAGCCAGGCCAGGCAACAUUGCCCUGUGGGGACAUGCAGCAGGUCACUGUGCACUAUCGCAUCCUAGCCACCGAGCUGGGGGAUGGGGCUGCCAGAGCAGACUUCUACCACCUGGUUUUGGCCAGAGGAUCCCUUGUGCAUCAUGGCCAGACAACAGUACUUCUUGACCCACCAUUAGGUCAAUAUCGUGGGACUUUCAAUGUCGUUCUGCCCAUUGACCUCAUUUCACCCAUGGCUACCCUCUUUGUUUACACUGCCUUCCCUGAGGGACGAGUGGCAGCUGACACCUUCAGUCUCAAAAUCUCCAAGUGCUUCAGGAACCAUGUGAAGCUUGGCUUCUCAGACACAGUGGCUCUCCCAGGAUCAGCUGUCCGACUCCACCUGCAAGCUGCACCAGGUUCCCUAUGUAGCGUCCGUGCUGUAGACCAGAGCAUCCUUCUCCUGAGGCCAGAGGCUGAGCUAUCCAGGGACAGUGUGCACAACAUGUUCAGCUAUUCUCAGGAGCACUCCAGCACCCUCACAGACCCUUACAGUGACUACUGUACUACCUACCAGAGCCCAGGAGUCACCAGUUCCCCUCAGAGCACCCUUCCACCAGGAACAAUGUCACCACUUAUGUACAACAGAUACUCUUAUGCGGUGUCCCAACCAGAUAUUUAUGAACUUCUGAAGAAUUCAGGUCUAACAUUUUUAACCAACCUUCAAAUCAAGUCCCCAAUUGAGUGCCGCACCCAGACCACUUUCUACUACGACUACAUGUUAGCUUACAGCGAGCUGGCAGACUUGGAUAACUUGGACAACUUAGACCCAGAACCAGAUGGUGCUGUUGUGCGUGCUGAAUCAGAGCACGUUGAGUUGGGUAGCGAGGCACGGGCAGUCCGUACCUGGUUUCCAGAGACAUUCAUCUGGACUCUGGUUCCCAUCAAUGAUUCAGGGGCUGCUGAGCUAGCUGUCACAGUACCCGACAGUAUCACAGACUGGAGAGCCAUGACCUUCUGCACUUCAGAGAGCCAUGGGUUGGGAAUCUCAGACACCACAAGCCUGCAGAGCUUCAAGCCCUUCUUUGUGGAGCCUACCUUGCCCUACUCUGUCUUCAGGGGAGAGUCAUUUCCCCUGAAAGUCAAAGUCUUCAGCUACCUGAAGCAGUGCAUGGUGCUCCAGCUUAGCCUAAUGGACUCCAGGGAUUAUGAAUUUGUGCAUGCAAAUGUCAGGUUCACUACGUGUCUGUGUCCCGAUUCAGCAAAAACAUUUUUCUGGGACGUGAAGGCUACAAAAUUAGGGAAGGUGAAUUUCACUGUCACUGCUGAGGCGAUGGAUCAGGAAGAUGUUUGCACUGAGAGUACAGCUGUUGUGCCAGAGUCUGGAGGGAAGGACACAGUGGUUAAACACCUGCUGGUGAAGGCAGAGGGGCUGCUGGAGGAAAAGACCCACACCUCAGUCCUGUGCCCUAAAGGAACUUCCACUUCAGAGACAAUCACUUUCGCUAUGCCAGAGAAUGUGGUCCUUGGGUCGGAGAGAGCCCACAUCUCUUUCUUAGGUGACAUUCUGGGGACAGCACUGGACAAUAUAGAUGAGCUCCUCCAGAUGUCCAGUGGCUGUGGUGAGCAGAACAUGGUUCAUUUUGCCCCCAAUGUCUUUAUCACACGAUACCUUGAAGAAACAGGACAACUGACUCCAGAAAUCAAACAGAAGGCAAUUGGUUAUCUGGAAAGCGGAUAUCAGCGUCAGCUCCUGUACAAGCACGCAGAUGGCUCAUACAGUGCCUUUGGGGAAGGAAGUGAGCCAGGGAACACAUGGCUUACUGCCCUUGUCCUCAAGACCUUCAGCCAAGCCCAGGACUUCAUCCACAUAGAUGAGCAGAAUUUAAAGGAUGCUGCCAGUGCUCUGAUUAACAGUCAGACUCCAUCUGGCUGCUUCAAGAGUGUGGGGAAGCUCUUCAACAAUGGGCUGAUGGGUGCAGUGGAGGAAGGACUGGGGCUGAGCUCUGCAAUCAUCACAGCUCUCAUACACUCCGGGAUGCCACGCUCCGACCCAGUUGUGUGGAAAGCUCUGAAAUGUAUAAAGGACCUGGUCAAUGCUGAUACUGACAGUUCCAACCUCUAUGGUCUGGCACUAGCUGCAAACGCCUUUGCAGUAGCAGGUGACAAGGCCCUCGUGCAGAAAAUCCUCAAAAGAUUGGAUAAGGCAGCCACAGUAUCAGAUGACCAAAUAUUCUGGAGUCAACGGUCCAAACAGGAAGAAGACUCCCUGUACUGGUAUCGAGCUCCAUCUGUUGAUGUGGAAUUGACAUCUAGUAUCCUCAUGGCUCACCUUUCAAAAUCAAGUUUGUCUUCAGAUGACAUCAGAAAGGCAUCCCAGAUUGUGUCUUGGCUCAUCAAGCAGCAAAACCCUUACGGAGGCUUUGCUUCGACCCAGGACACGGUGGUUGCUCUGGAAGCCCUAGCCCUCUAUGCAACCAAGACCUUCAGCAAGGAUGGCCCUGAUCUUCAGGCUUCUCUCUCCUCUGAGGAUUUCAACCAAAACAUCCGAGUAGACAACACCAAUCGCCUCCUGCUGCAAACAGUGCAGCUGCCAGCCAUUCCCCGAGAUUACACCGUGCGUGUGCAGGGCCAUGGGUGCCUCUUCCUGCAGGCCAUUCUGCGGUACAACCUCCCUCCCCCAAGAAGCGAUGUCGCCUUUGCUGUAUCUGUGCAGACAGAGUGCACCGCACCCAGCGCCACCCAGUUCCCUGUCACCAUUCAUGCUCGCUACACAGGGAACCGUGUGUCCACCAACAUGGUCCUGAUCCAAGUGGAGCUGCUGUCUGGAUACAGCCCCGUGGCAGGUUCACUGGAAGAGCUAAAGAAAAUGCCUUUAGUGAAGAAAGUUGAAAGUGAAGCUGACCGAGUCAUUCUCUACCUGGAGGAACUGACUAGACAACCUCACACCUACACUUUGCUGGUGCAGCAGGACAUGCAAGUGAAGGAUCGUAAGCCAGCUAAUAUCAAGGUCUACGAUUACUACAUGCCAGAAGAAACUACCGUGAUGAGCUACAGUGCUCCAUGCGAGUGAGGAACAGGGACAGAUCCAUCUUCUGCAGUCUCUGUCCUUCAGUCCUUUGUCAACCCCGCCAACAGACACGUGGAGAUGAGAAGCAAAGAGAAAAUACUUGAAAUUCCCUGCUGAGCAGUUAGUUUCUGAAAGGCUCAGACUGUGCCUGGCAUCUUAUUAAAAGUCAGGAGACUAGAA